UCCCUUUUUACUUCUUUUUUUCACUCGUAGUUUGUAAACAACGUGACAUGCGCACUCGAUUCCUCCCCGCCGAUUGCUUCAACUCCGCCACCGAAACCCUAGAAUUUCUCCAUUGUUCUCCCCCACACCUUCCUCCGUCCUACACCUCAAUUCACCAACACCUUCAGCGGUGCUUCGACGACAUUUCCCCCCUCAGCGUAUCUCUUGAAAUCGAGAAAUUGCCGAUAGGAACCUCUCUCAACAAGUUCUUAUCCAAUGUCCUUCCGCAAUUGAUCAAUGCUGCAGAAAUCGGAGAUUCCACAGAUGAUCUAUCCUUCACUGGAACAGCUUGCUCUCGUGAACUGCAGAGUUUUUGUGCUGAUUUUAUGCUCGAGGUUGAUGCUUCGCAGGAGAAAGAUGACAUCGCUUCUGACAUUAAGGGAACCAAUAAUCUCAAUAUCUUCCAGUUUGAAAUUCCAGAGAAAUAUGAUCUUCAGCCUCAGAAGGAGAACGUGAAAAUUUUUUCUGAUAUUCCCCAGCUUGUGAGUAAUGUGGAUAUGCCCAAUCUUGAACUCAGGAUGCAGGAUUUUUUUGAAAUUCACCAAGCAGUCUAUUCAGUUGAUGAUAUCUCAAGAGAGUACUUUAUAGAACAAAAAGCUGAUCUCUUGGAAGAUUCUGGUUCUACUAGGGGACAACUUGGUUCUUGUGUACAAAAAUUUCCUGUUUUCGAAAUUGAUGAGGCAAGCCUGGGUAUUUUCAAUGACAUAGCCAUGAAGAAUGAACUUAUAAUUUUCAAAAAUAUUGAGUCUCAAAAAUGGAUACAAGAAGAUGAGAUAGCAAGUAACGACAAGGUGCAUUUGGAUUUUAAAGAAUUUGACUUACUUGCGUAUCUGUCAAAUCAUUGUUCAGUAAUGCACCACCCUGAAAUAGGGGUGGGGUGCUCAAAUUUCCUUGAAGAAAUUGAUUUCGUUAUUGACAAAGAAGAUCCAGAUGUUGGGCAUAUGUUGUUAUCACAUCACAAAACCUCUCAGGAUAUAUCCAAUUUUUCAAGGAACUUAGUUCUAUUUGAGGAAUUUCAGUUCACUGACUUAGAUCUGUAUAACUUCAUUGAAGUCUUCUAUUGUUUAGCAAUAAAGCGCACAGCAGAGGAAUGUGACCUAAUGUUUAGUGAAGCAAUGAAGUUUAAGAAUUUUGAUGACUUAAUUGCUUGUAAUGAUCUCAUUCUUGUUGAUGAUGCUUUUAGAUCAUUGCCUGUGCCCAUUCUUUUGGACUGCCAAAAGCCGGUUUCAGUGGUGUCAGUGGUUGAGAAAGUAUUUUCUGCCUUGGAGCCAGAAUCAGCCUCUACAUUUGACUGUCUGUAUUUAGACUGGCAUUUUUUCGAGGAAGAUUACUGGAAUUCUAGUAGAUAUUCUUCCUGUUGGAAGGCAUUUGAAGAGAUAGACACAUACAGCAUUGAUUUUACAUUGGACAGCAUCGAUAACAGGAUGCUACAGUUGGACUGUGUCCUCUCAGGUGGCAUUAUUGAUGAACCAAAUUUGGGAGAAAACAAGGAAAUAUUGCAAAUAAAUUUACAUGGCAUUUCUUUACCUCCAAUCUCUCAUGAAGAAGUGGCUUCUCAAACACAGCUGAAUGAAGAUGAAAGAAAGGGAAUAACUGGAGAGAUACAAUCUAAGAACGGGGCUGCACAGGUCAAUGUUAAUGUUGAAACUACAACAGAAUUUAAUGAAAUGGAUUUCCUUUUGAACUCUCAUCAUGAGUGUGGUGGAGGAAGGAAAAAGUGUAAACCUCAUGAAAGCUCCAUUUUUAAAGACACAGUGCUACCUGUGGUUCAUUCUGGUGAUUCUCUUCCUGCACGUGAUGUUAAUCAGGCGCCGUUGCAGAAAUGGAAUAUCAAGAUGCUCCAAGUAGAAUUGUCAAAUGAAAUUUUGUCACUUAUUGAUAAUUUCCAGAAAAGUUUUCUGGGAAUCUUACUGAGUGAUGCUGAAUUGAUAAAGGAUCUCUACCCCUAUCAAGAUCUGGAUGACAUUUCUUUCCUUCGGGUGCGGAAAGAAGAAAUAAUGGACCGCAUUAAGAAGAUCAGUGCGCCAGGAACUCCUUCUCUUGCUAAUGAAAAUAUCAUGUCAUUGGUGGCUCUCAGUGCAAUUAAACAGAUGGCUUGGUACUUGUGCUACUAUGGUUUGCAUGCUGCUCAGCUAUACAUCCACAAUUUGUCUACUAACCUUCAGGGCUUAAAAUCAAGAUUCAGCUUCCUCCAGAACUUGAUUCAGAAUAUGUGCGAACAGGCGGAAAAAGAAAUAACCAAAUUCCACCCAUCACUUUCUGUUGUUCAACAAGUACUUGAGUCAAGUUUGAGUGAGAAUGGUCUCAAAGUAUUAAUUGUUGCAGAGCCAGUUUAUUGGUGGCCAUUAAAGAGAUUAUUGACUUCAAUGAAGAUAUCAUACAAUGAAUCACAAAAUUUUUGGACAAAUACUUGCAAACAGGAUAAAAUAAAUGACUUUGCUGAUCCUACGAGUAUGAUCUCUCAAGCAGAUUGCUGUUUAGUAUCUCACGAGUAUUUUUCUGCAUCAUUUCCAUAUGACAAAUUUGGUGUUAUCCUGGAAUAUGGUGGUUCGCAUGAAUCAUCUAGAGUCAGCAGCAUCUCCUCGAAAUUAGAUCGUGGUCCUUGUCUUUAUUUCCUCAAGGUGAAGCUGGAGGAAUCAGGAAUUCCUAAAGCAAUUUGUUGCGGUGUUGACAUGCCCAAGAGCAGGGGCAGUACAAUGAAAGGUCAUCUUCAUGUUAAUCUGGUGUUGAAUGAGAGCAACAAUAAGAUGGAGGACCUGCUGAAUUUUGUACCUCUUGAGGAGAACCACAACAAAGUCCCAGUUGAAGCUGUAGUUGGAGGUCAAGAGUGCCAUCUGAAGCCUUUGCAUUCUGUCUCAUUGGCUAUGGAAUCAAAAGAGAUCCCCACAAACGCACCUUCCUUUCCUGACAUAGUUGUAGUUAACACUAAAAAUUUUGAUAAGGAAAUGGUAAUUUCCAGGAGAAGCACAUACCAAAAGAUUCUUGCACUGGAGAAAGGGGGAGCACAAGUUGUAGACCGUGACCUAAAUCUACCGGUUGAUGUUGUACUUGAUGCUGCAAAUUGCCUUGCAUGGUACAACUUAAAGAACAUUAGAAAGAAAUCUUCUGCUCCUGAUGAGGCAUUUUCUUGCCUAUCCUUAUAUGUUGAGAAUAUAGCAGCCAGUAUUUUAACAUCAUUAAGUUAUGCUUUCAGCAGCUGCAUUCUGGUAUUUGAGGGGGAAAGACAUUUCCUGGCUGGCGUCAUGGAAUCAUCAGACAAGCUGUAUGCUGCUGCAGCUAGCCUGGGAAUUGAUUUGCAGAUCUUUUGUUCUUAUUCUUCUGUUAUGACAGAUGAGAUUAUACUAUCCUGCAUUGAAGCUGUAAUCAAGCUCACCAGAGGCCUGUAUCCCAAAAUGCCUGACUCAGAAAGUCUAGCAGAAUCCUUUCUUACUGCAUUUCCUUCAAUAAAUCCUCUUUCAGCUCAUGCCAUAUUGACUUCUGGCAGCUCACUAAUUGACUUUUUAGAAUGGUCACAUGACUGUAGGAUUCAUGCAGUUCAGAAGCAUAAAAUUCCUCAUGAAAGUGUUGCUUUACUUGGUCUUUUGUGUCAAUAUGGGGAGCGAGAGGAUUCUAAAUCUGGAAUGACUGAUAGCUCCUCAUCAGUAUCAUAUGUUCCUGGUAGGAUUCAACCAGGAAGCAACUCUGAAACAAAGAAGAGGAAAUGCACUGACGAUCAUCCCAAAUUUAACAUCUAUGAAAAUGAAUUAUGCCAUUUUGAGUCCCCUACACUAUUUCCAGAUGUUAGAUUGAGUCCUCCAAGAGCAUCUGCCCCACGCAAUAUUUGGAUGUCAGAAAAUUCUGAGAUAAUUGAUGAGUGUGGAAAACCUGGUUUAACCUUUGAUGAUAAAUUUUUUUGUGAAAGGAAGAAAGUGGAGGCAAAUAUGAUGAGGAAUUAUGCAUUUGGAAUGACUGAAGGUCCUCCUAAAUUAGAAGAGAGUCAAAAACCAAAAUAUCUUCAGCACAACACGAAUUUUGGUGUAGAAGAGAUAUUGCAUAUGGCUGCAAGGAACAGAUCUCAUAGACUUGGGAAAGAGAAAUCCGGAAAUCAGCAGGAGGAUUUAAAAGGUGAAGUUAUUGAUACUAAUCUCGCUGCAAUGUUGAGAAAAGAAAUUCCAGAGUUGAACUCUUUAAGUUUCUCACCUCAUGAUGUGAACAAGGACUGGGCAACAGAAGGGGCUCUUGCAUGA